AUGACAGAGGAUCAAGAUCUCAUGGCUAAGAUCAGCCAGCUUGCUGGCCAGAUCAACCGACACAAAAAUCAACACACCGAGUCCCCUUACACCAGCGAAAUCCCCGCCGGCCAAUAUGCAUCACGGCAUGUGCCAUCGCGGGGACGAGGCUGGGCACCGUAUCGCGGCCGACAGUACCACCCCCGCGGCGGCCGCCCUGUCGCUGCCCCCCACCGCCACCGAACGCUCAUCCUCAACAACACCACCACAGCUUCGGGAACCCCCGGCUCAACGCCUUCUGCGGGAGUCGGGACGGAUACUGAAGGGGAAGCCAGCAGCACCACCAACAACAACAACAAAUGGGUGGCGAAGCGUGACCGGCACAUGCAGUUGAUCAACUCGGCCAUUUACGACAAGGAGGCUCAGUCGCGCGCCAAGGCGAUGGAGGCGAGCCGCAAGGCAAAGUCGCAGAAGAAGGCUCAGAUCGAGCAGGCCAGAGUGCUACGGUAUGCGCAGGGCCAUGGUCGGAUGUAUCAACCGUCGGGGUUCGGCGCCCCGCCGCAGGUUGCUACCACUGCUACCGCCGUUGCCGCGGGUGAGCCGGGUGCGGAAUACCAGGUUCUGGUCAACGAGGUGCCCUUCCGAGUUGCGCGCGGCGGAAGUAAACUAAUCAGAGUGUCUGGUGCGUAUUUUUGGUUUCUUUCUCUCUUUCUGAGAUGCUCCCCCUUGUGUACGAGAGCUGGCUUACCGAUGGUAGAUGAUCCGAAUACGGCCAACAACACGCCCAAGAGAGUCACGAUCGCUGGGGUGGUCUUUGUGCGCAGCAAGCAUGGUAACCUGCAUCGGCUGGGUGCCGUUACGUCGAAAAGAAAGCCGAUGGCGGUUAAGAAGAAGGACGCUCUGUGCCAGCGAUUUACUACGACGGGCAGUUGCUACAAAGGACCCUUGUGUCCCUACACGCACGACCCCCACAAAGUCGCCAUUUGCAAGGAUUUUCUCCAGACUGGUAAAUGCAACUCAGGUAUGAGUUGCGAUCUCUCCCAUGAGCCUUCGCCCCACCGAUCCCCUGCAUGUGUGCAUUUUCUUCGCGGGCGCUGCGCGAACCCCGAGUGUCGCUACGCCCAUGUUCGGGUGACACCUGGCGCUCCUGUGUGCAGAGACUUCGCCAUUCUAGGAUACUGCGAGAAAGGCGCCGAGUGCGACCAGCGACACGUGCACGAGUGUCCCGACUACGCCAACACGGGCGUGUGCCAUAAGAAAAACUGCCGAUUGCCCCAUGUCGACCGCGCUGGGCAGAUCAGGAAGAAUGCCGCCACCAAGACUGAGGGCGACGAUGAUGACGAGGAGUCGUCGGACGCCUCCAGCGAUGACGAAGAAUACGACGCAAUCGAUUCGGAUGACGUCGACUCGGACGAUCUCGACGACGAUGAGCCGGAGCUCGUCGCUGCUGCCGGGGAUGACAUUGGUGACCUCGCGCGGCAGCAGGACUUUGUCCCCCUCUAA